CGGAUGUGUUCACGCGGAAGAGAGGGUCAAUGAUGCGCUGAUUCUGGUGCUGUGCCUCCGCUGUAUGUUUGCAGGUAUGCCGAGCGGCGUGAACUACAGCGAGUUGAGCGGAAGUCUCCCGGCCAUCGCUUCCCUCAACGCGUCGUAUUCCCAGGCGUCUCUGUCUCUGCCCUCGCCUUAUUACGCCCCGCUGCCCCCGGGAGAGAGGAAAGCCAUCUCUGAUGUGCGCAGAACCUUCUGCCUAUUUGUUACGUUCGAUCUGAUUUUCAUUGCCAUGCUCUGGAUCAUCGAAUUAAACAUUAAUAAGAGUAUAUGGACCAGUCUUGAGAACGAGGUCGUUCUGUAUAACUUCAAGUCGUCUUUUUUUGAUAUCUUUGUUUUAGCCGUGUUCAGGUUUCUAUGUUUGCAGCUCGGUUAUGCAGCAUUUCGUCUGAGACACUGGUGGGUUAUUGCGAUCACUACCCUGGUGACCAGCACCUUCCUUAUCGCUAAAGUCAUCUUGUCUGAUUUGUUUAAUGAGGAUGCCUUCGGCUACGUUCUUCCGAUCACCUCUUUUGUGGUGGCGUGGUUGGAAACCUGGUUCCUGGAUUUCAAAGUGCUCACACAGGAAGCAGAGGAUGAGAGAGCGUAUCUGGGAGCAGUUAACGCCGCGUGCGAGCGUGCUCCUAUGAUCUUCCCCACAGCUGUCUCUGACGGACAGUUUUAUUCCCCACCUGAGUCGCUGGCAGGAUCUGAGGAAGACCUUGAUGAAGAGGGUCUUGGCAGGAAAGCAGUAACAGAACAAGAGAAAGAGUUUGUAAGACAGGGACGGGAAGCCAUGGCAGUGGUGGAACAGAUACUGACACAAGAGGAAAACUGGAAGUUUGAGAAGAGUAGUGACCAAGGAGAUGCAGUAUAUACACUGGAAAUCCCCUUCCAUGGGAAGACAUUUAUUUUAAAGGCUCUCCUGCAGUGCACAGCAGAGCUGGUGUAUCAGGAGGUCAUUCUACAGCCAGAGAAGAUGGUGCAGUGGAACAGAACUGUGUCUCUGUGUCAGAUUCUGCAGCGGGUGGAUGACAACACGCUGGUGUCAUAUGAUGUGUCUGCAGGAGCUGCUGGAGGUGUCGUGUCUCCCAGGGACUUUGUUAAUGUUCGUCGGGUAGAGCGCAGGCGAGACUGCUACAUCUCUGCAGGAAUGGGAACCAAUCACAACAGCAAACCGCCCCACGGGCGCUUCGUCAGAGGAGAGAACGGUCCCGGUGGGUUUGUGGUGUUGAAAUCCAGCAGUAAUCCAUCCGUUUGCACCUUCAUCUGGGUGCUUAACACAGACCUCAAGGGUCGCCUGCCACGUUACCUCAUCCACCAAUCGCUUGCUGCCACCAUGUUUGAGUUUAUGUCUCAUCUCAGGCAACGUAUAAAUGAAGUCCAACUGACCUACCGGUGAUGUGAACCGUCCAUUACAACACAUCGUACAUCACACUGUGCCAUAGACUGUUCUGCCAGUCGCAACAUGGAGAAGAAACUUGACUGAAUGUUUGACUGCGCUCGAACUAUUGCAUGACAUGGACAGACGGAUAUAUUGUCAUAAAACAAGAGGGCAGCUGAUAAAACAUACAGGACCUAUGGAGAACGGUAAAAUAAUUUGUGCCUAAAAACCACUGUCAUUCCUCAAGCAAACAGACUGAAAUGAGAAGGCUUGUUCAACUUUUGAGCCACACAUGCUGUGAUUUCUUCUGCUUUUCUAAUGCCUUAAUCCAGACAUGCUUAUACAUUAAUACUAGUCAAUAAUACUAAUGCUGUUUUAGUUUGCAAUCGGCGUAUAUUGCCAAGCAUAAAUGCUGUAUUAUUUAAUUGUAUGGAAAUAUAUACAUCUAUAACGUCAUGAUAGUGACUGUGAAUGUUAUCAAAAUAUUGAUAUCAUGCCUUUAUUUGUCAUUCAAAUGCAUGAAUUGUUUUGUUUUGGGUUAAUCUUACAAAACCGGUUAAUAAUGGUGAUGUGUUUAAUUGUCAAUGCAAAUACAUAAAAUCAUGACGCUCCAAAAAUGGGUUAAUUUUUUAUAUUUAAGGUGAAUAUGAUCUAAACAAGUUUUCAUGAGAUUCACCCACUAAUGUUAAGGGGUUUGAUCACGCAUUAUAACCGGUUCAAUGCUAUCUUGAACAUUUGUUGUAGCUCUGGUGGACAGAAUGUCAACAACAAACAUUUGGAUUAAAUUUUCCUCUGUAAAUAAUGUCAAUCAGAAACUCAGUUUAAUGGAAAGAACAAAACAGCCCUUCGGUUGAAAUGUGCACAUUGUCUGAUUAUUUUCUUUAUCAUAUUUUUGUUUUCUUGUUGUUUUCUCAGAGGAUUACUUUAGACACUUUACAAGUUCACAUACUUUGUCAUAUUCAUACAGAUCAGAAACCAGUUUAUAUCACAAAAUGUUAAGUUCAGUACUGUCACUAUUGCAUGUGUCCUUCAUGAACUGAUGCCUUGAAUUCAUUUUUAAUAUUUGUUACUUUGACGGAGAGAGAGAUGUAUAACCCUCUAUGAUGUAUUACAGGGUAUUGGGUUUAACAUACAGUAGUGGCACAUUACACAAUGUUUUGGUUACUCGGUAAUACAAGAAAUAAUGUCGCCUGAUGACAUUUUUUUAACGCCCUUCUUCUCAGCUUUAUAUUGAAGCUCUCAUUUGUUUAUUUGCGUGCCUUUGUUACUUUGAGCCUCACUUAAAACACAGGUUCAGAAUUUCUCUUUUUCGUCACCGUUUUGUUCUUCACAGACUGACCGUUUGCUGACACUUUUUAUUUUCUACGAGCUUGUUGCAGUUCUGUUUGGAGGUGUUAUUUUUUAUACUGUUGUCAGGGAGGUCGUGUAAAGCUCUACAGACAUUUGUAAUGUCAUUAAAAAUAUUUGAUGAUGAUUCGACGUUUAAUAAAACUAACAAAAGACUGAUGUGGGAUGUCUGUUACCGAUGGUGGAUUUAAAGAACAAAGAUCAAAUUAGCGGCUCUAAAAUUGUGGACAUUUAAGCCAUACUUAAAAUGUAUGAAAGUACAUUAAAAAUGGGACAGAAACCAGAUAUUGUCUUUAUUUGGAAGGAAAUGAGUUUUGCUUUGUCUCUUAAAGUGUUGUAAGAUUUGCCUUAAAAUAUGUACUUGUGCUUUCUUUGAAAUAAAUACUUUGAUCAAUUUUUAA